GGUGAUGAUGACAUUAAUGAUGUCGCAACUAUGGGUGGUGUCAAUUUAUCAGAGGAGUCUAAAAACAUUCUUGCAACCACUAAUGCAGAUUUUAUUGGUGCUCAAAUGCGGUCUUGCAAAGAUGAGAUCUUUCUUGCAGCAAGUCCUCUGUCAAGAAAAAUAAGUUCUAUAGGUAAAAAAUUAUAAUUUAAAGAACAUUUUAAUUCUUUGAUGAUGACUACAGCUUUAAAAUAGAUGACCUAGAACUAUUUUGUGUGUGAGUGAGCCACACUUUCCCUUUUUGUAAAAAAUAAAAAUAUAUAUGAAAAGAUUAUAAACAGUUAUUUUUUUCCUAGUUCUCUAUUAAUGAGCAGUUGAUAUGCUAAAAUUACACAAUUUAGGGAUAGUAAUCUUUGGGGUGGUAAACCAAUGUGAAGAUAAUUUUGUAAAUUUAAAAAUAAAACAUUUUAUCAUAUUUUGUUUUUAGGAUUGAGCUGGUUAAGUUACAUCUUACAUCUAAUUAACACAGUUUAAUAUUUUGUUUUUAUGAUUGAGCUGGUUAAGUUGCAUCUAAUUAACACAGUUUAAUAUUUCGUUUUGUUUUUUCUUUGUUUUUUUAACUGCUACAAUAAUGUUACAUUUUCCUGUUAUUUCAGCCAAAAAAUACGGCGUUGAGGAUAUUAGUCCUUCCGUUAUUAACAUAAUUUCUCAUGCAACUCAAGAAAGACUUCGAGACAUUGUCUCAAAACUAUCUACCAUUGCUGAACAUCGAGUAGAAAUAUACAAAGUAAGAACUAAGGGGUAGAACUUAUGAUGAGUUUUUGUUUAAUUGUUGCUAGUUUAAUGUAAAGAAGAUACCAGACAUAACUAAAUGAUUAUUUCUACAUUAUUGUAUGCUUUUUUUUCUUUUUUUUUUUUACAACUACAAUUAACACCAUCAGAUGGACAGUCGCUACGAAGUGGAGUCUGAAACAAAGUUAAAACUAAAAUUUCUAGAAGAGUUGGAUAAGUUAGAGAAGAAAAGACACGAGGAGCAGGAAAGAGAAAAGCUUCUGAGGGCCAUAAAGGUAACAAUAUUUUCAAGAGUCUAAUGGUAUAAAUUUGAUUCUGUAAUUGCACUUAAUAACUUUCAUUUAGUGAACUAACCUCAAAUUUUUUUCAAACUGCCCUCAUUUGAAAGAAAACUGUGUUCAUUGCACACUGCAUUUAAUUUAUAUUGCGCCCUGGUACAUGAAAUGUAAAAUACAGGGAUACUGAUUGAUUUGAAACAAAAUAAAAUAUUCAUAUUUUCUUAUUAUUUUGAUUUUUGUUUUGUUUCCUUUAGAGUCGCUCCAAAAAUGAAGAUCCUGAACAGCUGAAACUUAAGCAAAAAGCUAAAGAGGUAAUUUAAAAUCUCAAUUUACUCUAAAUAUGUUUUUUUUUUUAUGGUUAAGUUUUGUGCUCUUUAGUUUCUCAACUCUCAAAGUAUGUUAGCGGACAGUUAAAAUGAUACUAUCAAUAAAAUAUGUUUGUCGCUGUUUUUUUUUUUAGAUAUUUUAUUUUAUUCCUUAAAUUGUAUUUUUCCAGUUUGAAACAUGCAUGAGUAAAAUUUGUAACAUCCUUGAGUUGUCUACACAAAAUAAAAUGUGAGAGAUAAGAACACAACCACUUACUCAUUUCUGUACUUUAAAUAAUGCUUUAAUAUUCCAUCUUUGUUUUAGUUGCAACAAGCUGAGGCAGAGGAACUUCGUCAAAGAGAAGCAAAUGAGACAGCUUUGGCUGCUAUUGGACCUCGAAAAAAGAGAAGAUUAGAGUUCUCAGACUCUGCAAAAUCAGAAGUAAGAACUUUGUUGGGGACAACACCCCCCUCUUACAUUAUUCAUCGUAAAAAAAAAAAAAAAAAUCCUGAUCACUUCAUUAUUCUCUUUAACAAUAAAUUUUAUAAAGUUUUUUGUAGUUAGUAAUUGGUAAAAAUGCGUUUUCGUUUUUGUAUUUACAAAUAACUAAAUAUGAAUGUUUUAAUAUUUCAGUCAUCUACAAGUAAUAAUUCAUUAAAUUCAAGUGCCAACUCAUCUCUUGCCAAUGUAAGUAGCAAAUCUGUCCUUUUAUACACUAGAUACUUUGCCUUUCAUUAUUUAUGUUCAAUAACUAAUGAUAAAAUUUAUAUCUCAAUUUACUUUGUAUAUAUUGGAUGCAGUUAAUACAAUUAAUUUUUUUUUUAAAAGCCGAGCUAUGAAAUUUGACAGUGCACAUUGUUUUAUGACUCUGAUGAAGGCCCAAAGACAAAAACUUUCUUUUAUAUUCUUUAUUUAUUGUCUCUGAAUGCUAUACAAUAAUAAAGCAACCCCUAAAAUGGUAUAAAUCCUUUAUAAAAUGUAAUAUCAAGCAAUGGGGAUGACAAUUUGUUAACACAUGCAUACAAGUAAUGCAUUUUAAAAGAAUCCCAAUUAGUGCUCUCCCCCCAAAGGCUUGCCACUGCACAUUUUUUUUUACGCCACUGAACUCUAUUAAUAUUCUAAUGACCCACCCGCUAUUACACCUCAUUUUUAUGUCACCAACCUUUUCAGAAAAACAAAAGAAAAAAAUUACCAUAUUUUAAAAAAAAGAAUCUCAUUUAGUGCAGCUAUAGGAAAUUUUAUUUCGUGUAAACAGUGUAAUAUUUCCUCCUUCAUCUUCCCCUUGAAAAACAAACUUUUUUUGGGGGGGGGGGGGGCUGGGCAUUUUAUAGAAUGUUUUGUAAUUGGCAACGAGUCUAUGUGCCAAAUUUCAGCUUGAUAGUGGGUCAAUCUGCGGUCAGAAGAUUUUCCCCUCAACACACUAACAAAAGCAAAGUUAAGAUCCUUGAUUUUUAAAAAAGAUAGGUAUAAGAGGAUGAUUAAAAUGUUCUUGAUAUUGUGUUCUAUCAUUUCUAGUUUUCCAGUUUUGCUUACAUUGUUUUAAUUAUUUUUAAGGUAUUGCGGCCAAGGACGAAGAGAGUGAACCUAAGGGACAUUCAGUUUUUGUUAGAAAAUGAGCGACAUACUAGGAAAUCAGAUCUUCUUUACAAAACAUUCCUAAAAUGA